AUGGAUAUCACCAUCCACAACCCCCUGAUCCGCAGACCUUUCUUCUCUUGGUUGGCACCGAGUCGUAUCUUUGACCAGAUUUUCGGGGAGCACCUGCCAGAGUCGGAGCUGCUCCCUGUUUCCCCCAGCUUCAGCCCCUUCCUGAUGAGAUCCCCCAUCCUUCGGAUGCCCAGUUGGCUAGAGACAGGACUCUCGGAGAUGCGACUGGAUAAGGAUAAAUUUUAUGUGAACCUGGAUGUGAAGCAUUUCUCCCCCGAGGAGCUGAAGGUGAAGGUGCUCGGGGACAUGAUUGAGAUCCACGGGAAGCACGAGGAGCGCCAGGACGAGCACGGCUUCAUCGCCAGGGAGUUCAGCAGGAAAUAUCGGAUCCCUGACGACGUGGACCCGCUGACCAUCACGUCGUCGCUGUCGCUGGACGGGGUGCUGACCGUCAGCGCUCCCCGCAAGCAGAGCGACGUCCCCGAGCGCAGCAUCCCCAUCACCCGCGACGACAAACCGGCCAUCGCAGGCGCCCAGAGGAAAUAG